CUCCUAUGUAAAAUAGCCAGCCACGGAAAUACCGUACAAGAUGCAAAUCCCAGAUCGUGGCGGUGGAGUUGACGGCAUCGCGAACCGAAGAUCCGGCCCCAGCAGCGAGCCUACCUAGGUAGCGCGCAAUCGCACGUGAACACCCGUCGCCGUUCCUGGCGUUCCAGAAUCCGUGCAUGCGACACGCCCCGUUUCACGAACGCCUCCUCGCUACAUCGUCUCAGCCCAUCUCUGCCAACACAUGCACGUAAGUCGUUCAGCUCAGACUCAGCUCGCCAUCUCAACCAUCCCAACCCUUCAUCCCGCGCAAUUCAACGGCAAGCAAUCAGCGGCCCACUACUCACCAUGUUCAGCAAAAUCGGCACCAAAAUCGCACUGCACAAGGCUGGCCUCGGAAACGUCUCAUUACCUUCUUUCACCAAGUCAGAGGGCACUUACACGGGUGGAAAUUCGAAGAAUCGGAGCGGUGACGAAUCAGAGGGUGCAGGCUUCAACAAUCCGUUCGCGACCGUGCAAUGGGGGAAAGCGUUUGCAUCAUGGCAGUCCCCUCCGCCGCCGCCAAACCCGGUCCGGGAGCCACCGGUAGCGGGCGAUAAGGCGCAGAGCAAUGUGAAGCUGAAGUUUCCGGCUAUAGACGGGCGGCCGUGUAUAGUUCUUUUCAUGAGAUUCUGCGGGUGUCCCUUCACGCAGAAGCUCUUCCUCCACAUGCGAUCUCUGGCCAAUCGGCACACAGGCAUCCACUUCAUCGCCAUCUCGCACUGCACCCCCGACGCGACAAACGAAUGGCUCAAGAAACUCGGCGGCGCAUGGAAUGUCGACGUAAUAGUCGACCAGACUCGCGAGCUAUACGCCCUCUGGGGUCUCGGCAUCUCAAAUUGGGGCCACCUCCUACAUCCGCGGAACGGAUAUAAUCAAUAUCUGCUCGGAAAGAAGGAAGGCGUCUGGGGACAGCAAGUUGGCGAGGGAGGCUGUAGAUGGCAGACUGGAGGCGCUUACGCGGUGGACGAUCGGGGAAUCGUGAAGUGGGGCGGCCCGAUGAAGAGCGUGGAUGAUCAGAUCAUGUUGGAAGAUGGGGUCAGAGCACUCGGGUUUGGUAGCGCGCUUGGGAGCAAUACGGGUGUCUUUUGAGCAACGAGAGGGGGGAGCAGUGUACUAUUGAACUUUGCUGAGGGCUAAGUUUAUUGAAGAUAUCCACCUUCUCAUCGAUUGAAGCACUGAAAAGCUGCCCUAGCAAUGCGAAUCCAAGUGAACCAGAGUUCACCUCGUUAUCGUACGACGUAUGGGCUGAUACGAUCCUGGAGAAUAGUCCAGAUCUCUUGUCUCUCGCUUCCCAUCGGUUCGGCUCUACCCCAGCUGAGAGACAAAAGCCA